AUGGAUAUUCACUGCAAAGCAGACCCCUUCACAGCGAUGCACCGGCACGGAGGUGUGAACCAGCUCGGCGGGGUGUUUGUGAACGGCAGACCCCUCCCGGACGUGGUCAGGCAGCGGAUCGUGGAGCUGGCCCACCAGGGCGUCCGGCCCUGCGACAUCUCCAGACAGCUGCGCGUGAGCCACGGCUGCGUCAGCAAGAUCCUGGGCAGAUAUUAUGAGACGGGCAGCAUCAAACCAGGUGUGAUCGGUGGGUCUAAACCUAAGGUGGCCACGCCAAAGGUGGUGGAAAAAAUCGCAGACUACAAGAGACAAAACCCCACGAUGUUUGCGUGGGAGAUCAGAGACAGACUCCUGGCAGAGGGCAUCUGCGACAACGACACGGUACCCAGCGUCUCAUCCAUUAACAGGAUCAUCAGAACAAAAGUCCAGCAGCCUUUCCAUCCAUCUCCUGAUGGGUCAUCCCUGUCAGCACCAGGCCAUACUAUAGUACCAAGCACAACCUCUCCGCCUGUAACCAGCGCCUCCAACGACCCCGCAGGAUCCUAUUCCAUCAAUGGGAUUCUGGGAAUUCCCCGAUCAAAUGGAGAAAAGAGGAAAAGAGAUGAAGAUGGUUCAGAUGGUUCUGGUCCAAACAGUGAUUCUCAGGGUAGUGUGGAGAGUUUACGGAAACACCUUAGGGCUGAUGCCUUCACCCAGCAGCAGCUGGAAGCGCUGGACCGGGUCUUUGAACGCCCCUCGUACCCUGACGUCUUCCCUACAUCGGAGCACAUCAAACCUGAACAGGCUAAUGAGUACGCGCUCCCUGGCCUGAAUUCCAGCCUGGACGAAGUCAAGCCCAGUUUAUCCUCUAGCGCCAACCCAGACCUGGGCCCCAGCGUGUCGCAAAGCUACCCUGUAGGUCGAGAUAUGGCCAACACAACCUUACCUGGGUAUCCCCCUCACGUCCCACCCACAGGCCAGGGCAGCUAUCCAACCUCCACGCUCGCUGGAAUGGUUCCUGGGAGUGAGUUUUCGGGGAACCCCUACAGUCAUCCACAGUACACGACUUACAAUGAAGCCUGGCGAUUCAGCAACCCAGCAUUACUAAGUUCCCCUUAUUAUUAUAGUGCCGCAUCGAGAGGCUCCGCCCCUCCCACUGCUGCCACUGCCUAUGACCGUCACUAG